AAGCAUAAAAAUCAGACAGAUUGAGAGGCGGCCAUGGCGACCAAAGCUCACCUAAUAAUGGUCCCCUUCCCCGCUCAGGGCCACGUCAUCCCUCUCCUCCACCUCGCCCAGAAACUAGCCACACGCGCCACCAUCACCUUCCUCCUCAACUCCGACCGCCUCCUACGCGCCGCCGACCACCUCCACUCCCAAAUCCGCCUCGUUCCCGUCGCCAGCGAUCAGACGCCGCCGACUCCGGAGAACUUUCUAGAAACUCUGCUCAGAAUCAUUCCGGCAAGAGUCGCCGGCAUCAUAGAGGAGGAGAUCGUCAAUACAUCUGUAAGGUGCGUGGUGGUGUACGAUCAGGCAGUCGCCGGAAUAGGAGAAGUCGCGGAGAAGUUCGGCGUUGCGUCGGCGGUGUUCCUGCCGCCGGCCGCCGCUCAGGUGGUGUUGGCGUUAAGCAUACCUAAGCUUGUUGAGGAUGGAGUCAUUGACGCUCAAGGCGCUCCACUGACAAAGAAUCCGGUCCAGUUGGCGGCCGGCGUGCCGGCCUUCAGCCCAUCGGACUUUCCCUGGAACCGAUUCAAAACUCCGGCAAGGCAGCGCCUGAUCUUCGCCAUGACCGUACAAGGGCUAAACUCAAUCAAAUCCUCCCAAUGGACUCUCUGCAACUCCGUCCAAGCCUUGGAGCCCGGAGCAUUCGAUUUUCUCCGCCGCCGGCUAUCUCCGGCGGUCAAAAUCGCCGCCGCCGGUCCUCUUAUCGCCGCCGGUUCAUCGCGCCAGUUAGGGCACUUCCAGGAGCCGGACGCGGGGUCCCUGGACUGGCUGGACCAGCACCAACACGGCCGUGUCGUGUACGCCGCCUUCGGCAGCACGGGCGUGUUGGGAGGAAAGGCUCAGCUCCGCGAGCUUGCGCUGGGGCUCGAGCUCACCGGAAAGCCGUUCUUGUGGGUCGUCUCCGGCGACGGAGACGGCGACGGCGGUUCUUUAUACCCGGAGGGUUUCCUGGACCGGGUGGCGGACCGGGCUCGGAUUGUGCGGUGGGCUCCGCAGCAGGCGGUUUUGAGACACACCGCGGUGGCGUGCUUCGUGAGCCACUGCGGGUGGAACUCCGCCGUGGAGGGCGCUGCCGGCGGCGUUCCGAUGGUGUGCUGUCCGCAGACGGCGGAUCAGUUUAUGAACCAGGCGUAUAUAUGCGACACGUGGAGGAUGGGCGUGAGAGUGUUCGUAGAGGACGAGGAAGAUGGAAUUAGAUCAGGUGUUGGUGUUGUCGGGGGCGAGGAAAUUAAGGAUAAGAUUGAGGAAGCCAUAGGGCUUAAGGAGAGAGCUUUGGAGGUGAAGGAAAUGGUGUGGCGGGAACAUUCCUGUGGGGAUGAUGAUCCGUACAAGGAGUUUGUGACUUGGGUAGUUAACGGCUAAAUUUAUUUAGUUUAGUUUGAUAGUAUUUAUUUUGGAAUUGUAUCAUUUAAAGCGCCGGAUAUUGUAAUCAAUCUCUCAUAAUAUUUUUUAAAAUAUAAAAUAAUUAAUUAUUUUUAAUUUCUA